AGAAUGGAAGAUUGUAUCAAAGUUUUAUGAUAGGUUUAAUACAUCAGAAGACUUUCGUAAUACAUUCUGUCUAAAUAAUCAACCUCCAAUCAACUCUGUAAAAAUCAGUAAACUGUUUGAGCCGAAAAUAUAUAAUAAACCAAUGGUUGAAUGUGAAUUAGUUUAUGGAACAUUGAUGGCUACUUUUUAUAUAUUAAGUGAUAAUAAGACAGGUGUUGUGGUUAUUCCAAAUGUCAGUCCUUCAGACAAUGAUAUUGUCAACCAAAUAUUUGAAUUACAAACUGGAUUAAAUAUUUUAGAAGAAAGAGGAGCAACAAAUCUCGUUCUGGACUUUCAUGAUAAUAGUGGAGGAUUCGUACUUUUAGCAUACUUUUUUGUUUAUUUAUUAUUUCCAGAAUCUAGUCCAUCAUUCGACAACGAUAUGGUGGUUACCGAAUUGUCUAGAGCAUUACUCGAAGCAGCAACAUCACAAUCAACAGCAUUCGAAACGUCAAAUAAAUCAUUUGAGAUUCCACCAAGCCUACAUACUAAAGAUUUAAUAAGAUGGGCAGCAAAUACAGUACUUAAUAUAAUGGAUUCAACUUCAACCUUCGAUACUGUCAGUUACAAAGAUCCAAAUACAGGUAAACCUUUUAUCAAUGUUGAAGAAUUUAUUGGUAACAAGACUUACGUUAGAGGGGGAACUCCUACAUCAUAUACAUCCAAAUUUGUGGACAAAAAUACACAAGGAUUUA